GAGCGGCUCCCCAGGAACAGGAAACAGCCCCGCCGAUUGAUGACAGAGCUCUUGUAGCUCCGUCCCAACAGUACGGCAACUAAAGUCAAAAAGUUCAAAGACUUGGCUCAGUUGACUUUGUAUAAGAAGGUGCUCACAACAAGCAGAGGAAGCAGGAUCGGGCAUUCUACUUCCAAUAUGGCAUCCAAACCACUCAAUGUCGCAGUCGUGGGCUACGGUCUUUCCGCAAAGGUCUUCCACAUCCCUCUAGUCCUCGCCUUACCAGACGAGUACAAGCUCUAUGGCGUCGUACAGCGAUCUCCUAAACCAGACGACGAUGCCUCGAAAGACCAUCCCGGAAUCAAGAGCUGGAGGGCUGUUGACGAGGUCUAUGCGGACACAAAUGUGGACGUGGUAAUCGUUACCACUACGCCAGAGACACAUUUUGAAAUGGCGAAGAGGUCGUUGGAAUCCGGAAAGAAUGUGGUCGUGGAGAAGCCAUUCGUACCUUCACCUGGGGAGGCCGGCGAGCUUGCGAAGAUUGCUGAGAAGAGUGGGAAGAAGUUGACUGUUUACCAAAAUAGAAGGUGGGAUGCAGACUUCCUCACGUUGAGGAAAAUCAUGGCUGAAGGCUUGCUGGGUGAUAUAUCAGAGUUCGAAACUCAUUUCGAUAGGCAUCGUCCUGAUGCUCCACCUGCGGGAUCCUGGAAGAAUGAAGACAAGCCAGCGCAUGGAAGCCUUUACGAUCUGGGCACUCAUUUGAUUGAUCAAGUAUACCACACGUUCGGUAUGCCAAAGCGAGUGACUGCUUUCAUUGGUAGGCAGCGAAGAAGCGUCCCUUCCGGACCACCUGACUCGCACACCGUGCUGCUCCAUUACGACGGACCACUGCUGGUAACUGUCAAGGCUGGUGUGGUCAGUCCUGAGGUCGAACAGCUCAGGUACUGGGUAAGAGGUACAAAGGGUAGCUUCAAGAAGUUCCAUCUCGACCGCCAAGAAGAUCAGCUUCGAAAGGAGAACGUUGGACCAGGACACCCAGAAUUCGGCGUGGACCCCGAAAGCCAUUAUGGCACCCUUAUCACUGUCGAGAACGAGAAGGCCACGCCUGUUGUUAAGAAGUACCCUACGAUCAAGCCUGCGACUUAUGUUGAAUACUAUCGCAUAUUUGCGAAAGCGAUCAGAGGGGAUGGUGAAGUUCCGGUGAAAGCUGAGGAGGCUAGGGACGUGCUACAAAUCAUCGAGCUUGCGAUGUUGAGUUCGAAGGAAGGUAGGACUGUUGAUGUGUGAGGAAGUGAACCACAUCAAGCACACUUCAGACGGCGACGGUGAGGUGGCAUUCAUGCAGAACCAUCUCUCAAACCACGCCAAUGGCUCAAGGACGAAAUGUCAAAAGAACACUAUCAAGAAUAUUUGAAGCGAUGUUGAGGACUUCGAAUAUCAUGCGCCCUCACCUGCCGUCAGAUGCAUCAUGGUUCGUGCUCAUGUGAUAGAAGUAUAAACGGUCAUUCUGCUGCGC